AUGAUUUAUCAUUUCAAAGAAAUAACAGAUAAGUAGACUUUCUAAGAUUUUGGUCUUGACAUUGUUAAUUCAAGCUUACUUGGUUAUUCUUCAGUGAUAGAUAAACAUAUAACUAAAAAUCUUUUGCCUGAGCAAUAUUAAAUUUAAUAAAAAGCGAUGAAAAUAACAGAUUUUUAACCAACCAGAAAUAUAUAUCAAGAGCAUAACAAAAUAUUCCAUGAUUGGUUCAUGUAAAACGCAUCGUAUUUAUUACACGAGGAAACUGGAAAAUAUUUUCAUGUUGAAUACUAUCAAAAAGUUUUGAAUUGCAUUAUCACUUAGGUUCCUUUCUAAACCUUAACUCUUGAUUCAGAGCACGCUAAAGAUUUGAUGAAUAAUGAUCUCAUCAAAUAGCAAACCAAGAGGUUCUAAUAGUUAGUAAAUAGAAAUCUAGUUCAUAUUGCUAGCUGCAAUUAUGGAGUUUAAGAUUCUAUUGGGUAUAUUAUAAAUUUUAACGUUGAACAAAUCCCCAUAGAAAGCUAAUUAAGAAAGAAACUUAAUUUCUGUGUUUAGUUAAAGAGAAUUUAAUUAUAAUUAAAAAAUCAAGUUCAAUAAAUGGCAAUAUACGUCUAAUAAUAAAAUCUUGCGAAAUUGCGAAAUUUUAAGAAUUUCGAAUUCUAUUUAGCGAUAGCUAUCAUAGAAAAAUUUUUCAUUGUGCCUGAUUUCUUCGGAGUUCCUUUGCAUGACUAUGAAUUUUAAAAUUAUCGUUAAGCGAUGAUUUAAUUACAAAAAAGCUACAUAAGAAAGUUUAAUCAUAACAGACAAUCGGAACACGAACCCUAUAAAUCUAAUUUGAAAAUUUAGGUUGAAAGCUAUAGGAAAGCUCAAUUUUAAUAAUUAUGUCUAUUAAAUGAUAAAUUAAAUAAUUUAUGA